UCUUGUAAUGACGUCUGACCGAUCGGUGGCGCUGCAGUUUAAAUGACGCGCUGCGCCGCUGAGACUCUUAAACCGGAAGGAAGCUGUUUACAAUACACAAAUCUCUUAAAGAAAAUGGCGGAAUUCGUGGAGCUACAAAAACUAAAGUUGGCUGAGCUGAAGCAGGAGUGUGUGGCACGAGGUCUGGAUGCUAAAGGAAAUAAAGCUGAUCUGAUAGCCCGACUGCAGGCUUACCUGGAUGAGCAUGAGAGGUCUGGAGUGAGCCCUACAGUUCGCCAUAUUGAAGAAGUUAAUGAAGAGGAAGUUCUUGGGGUGUUUGGAGAGGAGUCUAAAGAAGAAGAUGAAGAAGAAGAAGAAGAAGAAGAAGUACCAGCAGCAGCAGCAGCAGUUGAGAAGCAAGAGUUAAAUGAACCUGAGACGGUGACUGAGAAGAAAGUUGUUAAGAUCACCGCUCCUGCUACAGUUGAUGAGAGACUUCAGAAGAGAGCGGAGCGAUUCAGUAUUCAGCCAAAUGCAGACAAUAAGAAGGCCGCCCGUGCUGCAAGGUUUGGUUUGCCAGUACCUGAAUCUUCCAAAGGAACUUCAGCCAUCCCAAAAGUGAGCGUGGACGUUGAGGUCUUAAAGAAGAGAGCAGAACGUUUUGGCAUGAAUGUCUCAUCUGUUUCUAAAAAGUUUGAGGAUGAUGAAAAGCUGAAGAAGAGGAAGGAAAGGUUUGGCAUUCUGACGUCCACUGCUGGAUCGUAUGAUUCAGAGGCCAAGAAGCGAAAACGUGCCGAUCGGUUUGGAAACGUAUGAAAAUGGAUUUGAUCCUUUUUGUACUUUUAUUUUUUUUUAUUAAAAAUUGUUUUUUGAGCUUCUUGCAAUAUGCUGUAAUUCUGAGGUUUUCAAUGUUUCAUUAAAUAUAACCUGUUUCUUUA